AUGAGUGUGCGCUUCGUUAGACCAUUCUCUGUGGGUAUUCGAUCCCUGAAACAACGGUACCCGUUGAUUGACACCCUAAGGGCGGAAACCAGAGCCCAUCCAAUUUACAUUGUUUGUUUGCCCAUCACCACCCGCAAGCUGUUUUUCUUCUGUCAGUACACGGAUCUCGCGCUUCCGGACGGAAAGGAAAGCCUGGACGCCAAGGCAACUAAAUGGGCCACAAGAGCAUGGAACAAGCUGGAACAGUCGCAAAACCGGGUCAACAAAGCGGUGGUGGACCUGGUGCAACGACUUUUGAAAGAAAUCCCCUGGACGGAGACCUGUUUCAGAUCAAUACCGUCCCAGAGCAAGAUCACGAGAUAUUUAAAGAAAUACCAGGAGACCGAGAAAGAGCACGAAUUGGAGAAACCACAAGAUCGCAAGCUCCACCCGAAGCAGCUGGCACAAUUAGACAUCAGCGCCGAGGAUUUGGAACAGAUCCCGUUGUAUUAUCCGUCGACUUUGCUAUCAAGCGAAACCAUUCACAACGAGCUCCGCAACGAGAUCACUAAAGGUGCCGAGUACCACCGCAAGUACAUGUUUCUGAACCUGGUGCUUCUGCCAUUGACACUACCGUUUGCAUUGAUUCCCGUGGUGCCCAACGUUCCUGGAUUCUACAUGGCCUAUAGAGCAUACUGCCAUUUCACAGCAUUGAACGGUGUCAAACAUCUGCGCUAUUUAUUGGAUCCUCAGGGAGGAGAGAACCACCAUCUAGAGAUGAUUGGGCUUGAGACGGCCCACAACUUGUUUUUGGAUGCAAAGCAUGUGGUUGUGCGGACCAACGUGCUCGACCACAUCGAGAAAAGUAGCGACAUGGAAAAACUGCUGCUAGACGAAGGCUCUAUCAAGACCAUCUGCGAGGCAUUUGGCAUCGAGGAAUUCGAACAGAACUUCCAUGUGGCAUUGUACCAGGAGCGCAAAAGACUGGCCCAAGAGGGCCUUGAACAAAAGGACUUGUAA